UGUGGAAUAAGGGCCCAAAGACUGAAAAUCCUUCCUUUGUCCGAACAAACCCUCGCGCUCCUCCCUCGCUUUCAAACCCUCUCUUGGUUAAGCGGCAGGAGCUGCUCUAGCUCUUGGGACUUAGAAGAUUACAGAAUGGUUAGGCCCUGGAAUCGGUUAUUCUUAAGCAAGCUUCUCCAAAAUGGAUUUAAUCGAGCUUCAGUCGGUGCUGUGCAACCUAAGGCAGUCCAUUGCCCUGAAACUGCAUCUCAAUUCUUUUCAAAUGAGUCACUUUCCAGAACUAUGGGGAACUAUGAAAAGCGAUUUCCUUCCCUUUUCCAUCCUAUUCCUGGGAUCAAACUCUCUCCCUGUCUUCCUGACUUUGUUGAACCCCAUCCAACCAUGAUCACAACACUUCCAAAUGGUUUAAAGAUUGCUUCGGAGGAUUCUCCGGGACCUGCUGCUUCUAUAGGGAUAUAUGUCGACUGCGGUUCUGUGUACGAGAAGGGGGACUCUGCUGGUGCAACCCACCUUUUAGAAAGGUUGGCUUUCAAAAGCACAAAAAAUCGAACUCGCAUGCACGUUGUGCGUGACAUUGAAGGAACUGGGGGUAAUGCAGGUGCUACUGGUUCACGUGAACAAAUGGCAUAUAUUUAUGACACAUUGAAGGCUUACAUCCCCGAGGCAGUUGAGUUGCUUGUUGAUUCCAUCAGGAACCCCCUUUUUCUUGACUUUGAGGUGGAAGAACAGGUGAUGAAUGUGAAAAGAGAAAUCGACGAAAUUGUGGCUAAGGAUCCACAACAGUUUCUUCUGGAAUCACUUCAUGUUGCUGGCUACUCUGGUGCAUUGGGGAAUCCAAUGAUGGCAUCUGAGACUGCAUUACAAAGACUUGAUGGAUCUGUUAUAGGAGAAUUUUAUUUUGAAAAUUACACAGCAGAUCGCAUUGUUUUGGCAGCAUUUGGGGUGGACCACGAACAUUUAUUAGGCAUUGCUGAACCUCUGUUAUAUGACUUAAUGGGUGGCCGUCCUGUUUCUGUGCCGAAUUCUGCUUAUAAUGGUGGAGAGGCUAGAUUUAAAAUUGAUUCUGAGCGAACUCAUGUCGCAUUGGCAUUUGAAGUUCCCGGUGGCUGGCGUGAUGACAAAAAUGCAACGGCACUAACUGUUCUGCAGACUUUGAUGGGUGGCGGCGGCUCAUUCUCUGCUGGUGGCCCUGGAAAAGGGAUGCAUUCUCGGUUAUAUCUUCGUCUCAACAAGUAUCAACAGGUGCAUUCUUUUUCGGCCUUUAGUAGCAUGUAUAAUGACACAGGUCUAUUUGUCUUUUUAACCACGGGAUCAGAUUUUGUGGCAAAAGCUGUUGAUGUAGCGGCAGCUGAAUUACAUGCAAUUGCAACCCCCGGCCAAGUUACUCAGGUUGAACUGGAUCGAGCAAAAAAUGCUACAAGAUCAGCCAUUUUGAUGAACCUGGAGUCCAGAGCUAUUGUUGCUGAGGACAUUGGAAGGCAAAUAUUGACUUACGGAUCCAGGAAGCCAGUGGAGCAUUUUCUAAGAUGUUUAGAUGAACUUAAUCUAGAUGAUUUAACCGUUUUGGCUCAGAAGAUAAUAUCUUCACCCCUUACUAUGGGUUGCUUGGGAGAUGGCGAUUCCAACUUCGGUCUCUUUCCUUCAGUUUACUGCGUUCCAAGUUAUGAAACUAUCAAGUUAAGAUUCCAAGCGGCAAAUUGAAGAUUAGCUGAGCUACUCAAUUUAUCAAGAUAAAGCCAAGAACCCACAGCAUAAAGCAACGCAUGGAAGUAAAAAAGCUUUUUAUGUCGUUGUUUCUAUCGUAAUGUAGCUGCUGGAAAGCAUUUUUUGUUAGAACUUGGAAGGUUGAGGAAGAAAGGAAAGCUGGAGGAAUAUCUUCAAGUCAACCUUAGCUCUUGAUCCUCUUCAGAGAAGCCUUCAUCUGGCGCUGCAAUUGAGUUCAGCAGUGCAAAUAACAUCAAGUGGAUAUCUUUCUUUCUUAUUACUAUGGAUAGUUAUUUUUAUUGAUCUGAUGAGGUUUUUUAGACAGCUUUGAUUAUCAUUCCAAUCUUUUUGUAUAUACACACACAAUAGCCCCACAUAUUAUUAUGAUAUUUAUUGAUCAUAAUUUAGUCCCUUGACGACAAUUGGAUGCGAUGGACUAUCUUUAUGUUUCAUAUGAAAUGCUAUGGCAUGUUUGGAUGGUC